GGAGGUUCAUACUUAACUUGCCAGCCGUUGGGCAGGGAGGGCGGUGGGGGUCUCUCUCUUUGAAGUGUCUUCUCCCCGAGUCUGGGGUGAGAGGAAGCGUGGAAACGGCGCACCCGGUCAGGAGAGACAGCGGUCUCUCGUCGAGCCCCACCCGCUGUUGAGAGACGCUGCCUUGGAAGGCCCCUGAGGAAGGCAAUGACUGAGUACAAACUGGUGGUAGUAGGAGCUGGGGGUGUUGGAAAAAGUGCCCUGACCAUCCAGCUUAUCCAGAAUCACUUCGUAGAUGAAUAUGAUCCUACUAUUGAGGAUUCUUACCGCAAACAAGUUGUUAUUGAUGGAGAGACUUGUUUGCUAGACAUCCUGGAUACGGCAGGACAGGAAGAAUAUAGUGCUAUGAGGGACCAAUAUAUGAGAACUGGAGAAGGCUUUCUUUGUGUGUUUGCCAUUAACAACAGCAAAUCAUUUGCAGAUAUAAAUCUUUACAGGGAGCAAAUUAAAAGAGUGAAAGAUUCAGAAGAUGUACCAAUGGUUUUAGUGGGAAACAAAUGUGAUUUACCAACAAGAACAGUAGACACCAAGCAGGCUCAUGAAGUAGCAAAGAGCUAUGGUAUUCCAUUCAUUGAGACAUCUGCCAAAACAAGACAGGGUGUUGAAGAUGCUUUUUAUACAUUGGUUAGAGAAAUCCGUCAGUAUCGAAUGAAAAGGCUCAACAGUAAUGAAGAUGGAAAUCAAGGCUGCAUGGGGGUGUCGUGUCUUGUGAUGUGAUGAGCUGCCUUCGAAUCAUCCAUCCAACAUUGAAUCUUAAUUCCACUGUUGCAUUUCAUGAGGAUGCCUUGGCCAGUAUCAUGCAAGUUGCCAAUUGAUCAAUACUAAAACAUUAUAUCAGCACCAGAAGAUACUGUUUCUGAACAUCUACCUCUUUGCUCAGUUGAGCAUGCAAAGAAAAUCCCAUAUGUUAUGUGUGGGAUUUUUCACUUUCCUUUCUUGGGUAGGUUCAAACAGAGAAACUGAUCAAAUGAGAACUAUAGAGGCCCAAUGCCUUGAGAGAAAUAACAUCUCAUUUUCUGGAAAGAAGGCUGGAAUGAAUUGUGAUCAUGCUAUUCCAAAAAAGCAAUUGCACAGCAUUGUAUGGUAACAUUAUGCUUGAUUUCCUAUGCGCCAUUUUAAACUAGGAUAAUAUUUGUCACAUUUCCUAUACUAUGUACUUAAAUAUUCCUAUUGUACAUUAAGUUAAUCACAUCUAGUUCUAACCUCUGUAAUUCUGGCCUUUUUAUAACAAACGUAACAUUAUUUGAUUUUUCAAGUGCCUCUUUACAAAGGCAAGCUAGACCGUAAGCCUUAUCAUGCUGGUUGCAGCUCUGAUUCCUAGCUGACCCAUCCUGAAUGUUUAAAGCUGACUCAGUUCAUUGGUCUGUGUUAACCCAGUAUUAUCUAUGCUUGGCUUUAUUGUCUUAUCCUUAUGUGGGCUUCCCAAUGAACUGUAUGUGGGAACUUUUGCAGAAGGUAUUUACCAGCACUGGGCUUAGUUGUCAGAGUUCCUCACAUCAUUGGCUGAAAAGCACUUUGAGAUUAAGAUUUUCCUGAGGAAAUAGCAGUCAAUUGCUAUUUUCCAGUUUUAAAUAUAAUACAUUCCAUUUACCUUGUGCUUGAAGGUACUGGUGUUUUCAUCAGGACCACUUAUUAGCUGUGAAUACUGUCAAUAGCUGUUACUCCAUUCUCAGUCAUAAAACAUGGCUGUGUGAAGUUUGUGUAGAAAAAAAUCUGUUUUAUCCCAGCUAUUUCUGCACUUCUAUUUUUAGUUAAACUUGUUUACUCCUUUGAUACCUUUGUCAAGCACAGUGUCUUUAGACGUCCUAGCAAAGAAAUGUAUUUAGGGAAUCAACUUCAUUGGCAUUUGUUUUGAAAGCUCUCUCCCAGCUACUGCUGUGCAGUGAAACUAGAAGUAAAGAGCUAGGGUAAAAUGGAACUAGAGAAGUAGAGGGUGACUUUAAUUUUCCUGCUGCUUAAAAGUAGGAUUAAACUGAUAACUGUACAUUUAUCCUUACAAAAUAUGGAGCUGGAUUCCUCAGUAGUCUCCAUACCUCUAUCAUAAAAGAAAAGGAGCUGUGAGUUUUCCUUGGCUGAGGAGUAGUUGAUUGGGUUACUAUUUAUAUGAUGUAUCCAAAAUCUGGUCCUGAAUACCAUGUGUGUAUAUCAUCUCACUUUCAAGUGAGUGAGGGAACUGCCUUCACUGAAAGUAGAUGCUUAAAAUGAUGUGAGGUGAUAUAAAAGCUGUCUGUGUGACUGUUUUACAUAUCUGAUUGAUGUGGUUAUGUUGAUUGAAGCACAGAAAUGACUUCAAUAGAAAUGGAGUUUGUAGUCAUUAAAUGUUUACUGGUUUACAAUAUUGCCAUUUUACUGCACACAUUCUAAAGUUGGAUAGAAAACCACUGUCCAACCUAAUCCAAACUAUCUAAUCACCAAGUGAGAAAGUUGGCAUAUUAUUUCCUAAAUAUAUAACUUAAUGGAUCAUUUCAGGCAUACUUUAUCUGAAGUUAAUUUCAUACAGCAUUACAUAGGGCUAUACAGUAAUGUGUUCAUAUGCUUUACUGCUGGCUAAUGUGCUAAUAUUUUACCAAGAAAAUCAGACCUCUUUUUCUUGAGAAACUGAUGUCAUCUGAGCAAUACAUUGAUACUAUUUAAAGUCCUUUUGCAUGUUGCUCAGUGCUCCAUAGAGUUCAAUUUUUCCUUAGUAUGAUUCCUUUGUUCUGUGGUAGAUAUGUGGCAUAUGCACUGGUGAACAUAGUGAAAUUUGUUUAAUUUCAAUAAAUUGGCCAGCUGUGUAAAGUACAGGAGCACUACUGCAGAACAUGGGACCGCUUAAAUAGAAGUACAGUGAAUUGUUGGGCUCAAAAGAAUUAUUGAUACAUCACACCUCUUGGUUAGCAUUUGCAGUUUGAAAUUAUAAUUCCAGGAACCUGAAUAUUAAAUGUCAUUUUUGGCUUAGUGUUCUGCAUGUUUGCCAAUGAAUCUGAGAAGCACAUAGUAAUAUAUUAGUAAUUUUCCAUCUGGGGUUCACUUGUAUUAAAUGAUGUUUCAUCACAAGUGAAACAUAGGUUAAUUAAAAAGCGGCUUGUAGAAUGAAGUAGGUGAAAUCAGUUAAUUUGGGUGAGGGAAGCAAUUUUCAAACAACUUUGCUUCAGCAUGUAAAACAUUUUAUCUAAAAGUGGUAACAUUUGUAAUUCUUGCCUUCUUUCAGGUCUUGAAAUUUCCUACAUUUACAUUUGUAUUAUAUGCAGAGGAUGUUUUGGUGGCUAAUCUGGGCCACAACAAUAUAUUAUUCAUGAGUAGUCUGAUGUCUUCUCCAGAUCACUGUUUGUCUCUUUCUGUAGCACUAAGCAAAAACGGGAUUCAAUGGAGAACAUUUUAAAUAACACACAGCAGUGAUAAAUAUGAAGUUAAAUCUCAUGUACAUGUAGUCCUUGACUUACAGCCACAAUUGAGCCCCAAAUUUCUGUUGCUAAGCAAGGCAGUUAAGUGAGUCAUAAAGUCACUUUUUUCAGUGGCGUUGUAACUUUGAAUAGUCACAACCAGUCGUUAAAUGAGUGGUUGUAAGUUGAGGACUAUAUAUUAGGAAAUUUAGGAAAGCAAGCACACAGAUUAUUUAUAUAGAAUGGUUGCUCACAAAUUGCCAUGAACAGAUAUAUAACUAAAAUAAGUGCAUAGUUUUGAAUAAGAGCAUGGUAUAUGCUGAUAGUGUGUGUUGGUUGCAGAUUUAAAAAAUAGUGUUUUAAAAUAACUUUUACAACCAUGUUCCUCGGCUGAUCAGGCAUAUCUUUGUUAUUAUUUUAGAAAAGAAUCUCACUGAUUCAUGUAAAUCUGCAAGGCCCUUUCCAAAACCAGCUGGAUUUUUAUUUUACUCAGCUCACAAUAUUGAAACUUAGAUAUGGAGGAAAAAAUCUAUUGCAAGCUGGGCUUCCAGUUACGGUUCCUUUUUUUUCUUCUAACUGAUUAUAAUAAUGCUGUUGAAAUUACACUAAUAAUUUGCUGUAGGUGUCAUACAUGUUAAUUUUGCUGGACUGUUGAACAGAAAACAAGAUUACAGUGUUUGAUCUGCUUAAUAUUUUUAAACAUUUUCCAUUACUAAAAGGAUAUGCCUGAUACAGCAGGAUAAUAAUAUGCAAACUUAGACAAAAUGUUGAUUCUUUUUAAAGGAAAUGGUUUCCUUCACAGGAUGAAUGGCUUCUGUAAGUUGCCUACUGUGUCAUGUGUGGAUUGUCUUGUUUAAUGUUUCAGAAUGUUUAAUAUACUGUUUCAGAAAUAUUUGUGCCCAUAUGAAAAUGUAAUUGAUCCACUGAAUCUUAUGGUCAGUUUCUUGUGUUAUUUUCUAUCUGUGGUUGUUUUGUUUUGUUUUGUUUUUUUAAAUACCUAUAUUGAUCUCUAAACUUUGGUAAGAUACAUUUGGACUGUUUGAAAACAAAAGUGCCUUUGUUACCUAAUAAAUUUGAAUUCUUGGAAAUGUAUGUACAAAUAGAAAUUUCCAAUCACAGCAAGUGACAGCAAUUUGCCGAUUUGGGCUGAUUUUGGAAAAGCUAGGCGGGGUUGAAUGAAGUUAGUAUCACAAGACUAGAUAAAAAAAUCCAACAAACCAUUCCCCUUUCACCCACCUUCAUACUAUUGCCAUAUAAUCAUUAGGAGUCAAACUUCACUAGAAAGACUUUAAAAAUUCCAUCUUUUUUAUGUAAGCAUAAAAUAUGAUUGUGUAUUGCUAGUCCCUUACUCAUCUACCAUAAUAUACUGUAUGAUAGAGCCUAGACAUGUUUAGGCUCUAUUUUACAUGGACAAAACAAGAAUGAAUGGCAAGAUGCUAUGUAUAUCAGUGAAGGUCAUCAUUGAUAAAACAAUGAAGUCAAGAUUCUAAUCAUAAUUUAGAGGAAGCUAAAAAUAAUUCUUAACUUCUGGAGCUGAUAUUCUAUCACUUUAUGUUUAUUUGGAUAACAAAGUGACUUAUUUUAAGAAUACUGUAAUAUUUGCUGUAACACCUGAUUUCACCUUUAGUUAUGCUUAUUUUGAGGUCUCAUAUAGCUGAAUACCAGUUAAUAUGGGACAAUAGAUGCUGUGUGGAUU